AUGAACGAAACAAUUCAGAACUUGGAAAGUCGGCUACCUAAAGAAACUGAUCAACUGAGGAUAAUUAAUGGAGCAAAUGGAUGUCCCUAUUUCGGUUUAGGUGGCAUUUAUAAAGCAAAACUAAAAGGAUUAGAGGACUUCGAAGUUCCCUGCCCCAAAUCUGGUUGGAUGACCAUUCAAAAACGUUACGAUGGUUCUGAGAACUUUGAUCGUUCAUGGGAGGAUUACAGGAAUGGGUUCGGAAAAGUGACAAGAGAGUUUUUUUUGGGGCUGGAGAAAAUACACUUGAUGACCAAGUCACAACCUCACGAACUUUUCAUUGAACUCACGAUGGUUAAUGGAUCCACCAGCCACGCCCUUUACGAUUAUUUCGAAAUUGGCAACGAGACAGAAUCGUAUGUGCUGAAAUCACUUGGAAAAUACAGUGGAACAGCUGGGGAUUCCCUGGUCCACCAUCUGAACCAAAAGUUCACAACAUUUGAUAGAGACAAUGAUAAAGCCACAUAUAAUUGUGCUGGUGGUGAAUUUGGAGGCUGGUGGUACAACAACUGUGCUGAAAGCACGCUCAAUGGAAAAUACUAUAGAAGUGGCAUCGUACAAACAACACAUCGAAAUGGAAUAUACUGGACUUCUUUUACUUCCUGGACCUAUAUAAAGUUCUUAACUUCUGCUGAAAUGAUGAUUAGGCCCAGGCUAGAUUGA